AAUCUCGUGAAAUCUCGCUGGAUGAGCGCUGUAGUUUUAAUCCUAAUCCUUACCACAAACCUAACCCUAAACCCAACAUUUCACGGGAUUUAUGUCGUAGCUGUAUCAUAUCUAACCAAAACCUCUGAUUUGUAUCAUAAUCCUAUCCCCAAACCCAACAUCUCGCGAGAUUUUACCGUAGCUGUAUCCCCUCUAGCCUUUGCCAUGGAAGAGAGCAUAGCGUCACUGGAAAAACAAAACACAGCAGGUCUGAAGACAGUGACGUGGCCACGGGACAGAAAACACACACCGCAGGAAUUAGGAGAGUGUGAUGAGUUAAAAUGUCAGACAACGAAAGCUCAGCAAGUGACCAUACAGAAAAAUCAAUGGACCAAGAGCCCAGCGAACCCUCAUCACCUGCUGGAGAUGAUCCCUCCUUAUCUGCUCCAGCUGACCCCUCCUCAUCUGCUCCAGCUGACCCCUCCUCUGAUAGUUCUGCUGAUGUAGCUCCAGCCCCUAAGACCAGAAAGAGACCAGAACAUAAACCUGCACCUGAAGAGCAGAAGACCUCAGAUACACCACAACCAGCAGAAACUGCACCAAAAUCCUCCACAGAGACAACAACUGUGUCUCAGGGAGGAUGGGGUUACUGGGGCAGCUGGGGCAAAUCUAUUAUUUCCACUGCUACUGCCACUGUAGCCACAGUAGGUCAAGGGUUGUCAAAUGUCAUUGAGAAAGCAGAGACAUCACUUGGAAUCCCAAGCCCUGAGGAGCUUUCUGCUCAAGUGGAGGAGGAGAAAGAAAAGGAUGGUUCAGCCAGUAGUGAGGCAAAUAAAGACGAAGAGGAAAGGUCCUCUGGAAUAAGUGGUGCUAUGGGAAUGAUCUCCUCCUUAACCAAUGUAGUACAGAGUACGGGUAAAACAGUAAUAAGUGGUGGUCUGGAUGCAUUGGAGUUCAUUGGUAAGAAGACUAUGGAUGUGAUAGCAGAGGGAGACCCGGGCUUUAAGAAAACAAAAGGGCUGAUAAACAGAAACACAACGCUGUCACAGGUCCUGAGAGAGGCAAAGGAACGUGAGGAGCAGCAGACAGCUGAAAACGUCACAUCGGAAACCGAGAGAAAGGCUCAUUAUGGGAUGUUGUUUGAUGAGUUUCAAGGCCUUUCCCAUCUGGAGGCUUUGGAGAUUCUCUCUAGGGAGAGUGAUACUAAGGUGAAAUCAGUGUUGACCACUUUGUCAGGUGAAGAGUUAACCAAACUAAGAGAAGAGCUAGAGGAAAUUAAAGAGCCGUUUUCCCUCACAGAGUUUGAUGAUGAAGUGGAGGAUGAUACAAGAGGUGAUGAUGGAGAAGAGUUUAUAAAGGAACUGACAGAUGUUCUCCAAAGUUUACACAUUUCCACAUCACCAGACAAACUUAGCAAGGCCAGAAAGAACGCAUUCAACCGUAUCACAAACCUAAAACUACAAAGUGAAAAUCCACAGCAAGAGGAACAGGAGGAGAAAGAACAAGAAACGACAGCGAAAAAAUGCAGUGUUGAGGAGGCCCAUUUAUCUGCCAUUACAAGCUUGGCCGAGUUCACGGCAAGAUCCAUAGAGCAGUUUCACAAAACAGCAGAAAUACUGCUUCACUGUAACACAGAUGAAGCCAACGCUGCAGAACAAGCCAGAGUCUUAUCACAACUGACCAUUAUUAUGUGCAAGGAGAUAUCAAUACUAUCCAAAAAGUUCACAUCAGGCUUGACUACCAUUGGGGGAAACGAAAAGGGCGAAGUUCUCAAUCCACUUAUUACUAGCGUCUUCCUGGAGGCUUCAAACAGCGCAUCAUACAUCCAGGAUGCAUUCCAGCUCUUAAUGCCAGUGCUCGAAGUGUCUCAUAUUCAAAGGACAGUGGAGUCUGCACAGCGAUAACCACUUUACUGUGUCAACACAGCAUUUUAUCCAACAUGCAUCAUCAUCAUCAUCUGAUAGAAGCGAUAUUAUGUGUGGUUAUCCACUCAGGUAGAUUUGGUAACCACAUAUCAUGAAUGCAACACUUUUAGUUGAUUGGUAACUGUAAAUACGGUGUUGUUGGCUCUUCUUUACUAUUUGAGUAUAUUUUGGAAUAGAUUCAUCAACGUGAGAAGUUUUCCUAUAACUGACAGUGUAUAGAAGCAUACUGGUAUUUAAUUGUAUGUCUAAAGGCCUGGUUUCACAGACAAGGCUUAGCUAAAGCCAAGACUAGGCCUUAGUUUAAUUAAGAUGGCACUGGGAUAUUUUAAGAUUUGUCAGUGCACGUUAUUUUUUUAGUUGAGAUGGCUCAAACAGGACUAGCCUUGAGUCUUGUCUGUGAAACCGGAGGUUUAUGUCUAAUUGAAUAGAGAUACCAUCUUUUUAAAAUCUUUAAUAGUUAUACUGCUCUCAAAAAUUAGUUUAAGGAAGUUAUAUCAGUAUUAAUUGCCAAUUAUUUUUUGAAUAAACUAUUGUAAGGUG